AUAUGUGUGUGAAGGGUGGGUACUUCAUCUGUCUCUGCCGAUUUUCCCUCAUUCCCUCACCUUUAUUAAAAUAGUUUCCUCCUUUUUCUCCUUCUUCUUCUUUUUUUCAAUGAAUUAAUCAAAUACAUAAUCUUGAUCUGAUCUCAUUUAUUCAUAAAGAAAGAACAUUAUUAUUACUCUAAUAACAAUCCUUAAUUAAUCUGUAAUUUUAUACGAUUUCGGAUAGUAAAAGGAUGAAGAAGGCGACGGUGGGUGCGGUGGUGGUAGGUACAGCGGCGGCGGUAGCUGUGGCGGCGCUCGUCAUGCGCCACCGCAUGGGUAAAUCGAGCAAAUGGGCACGUGCCAGGGCAAUUCUGAAGGAAUUCGAGGAGAAAUGUGCCACCCCAGAUGCCAAGCUGAAGCAAGUGGCUGAUGCUAUGACGGUGGAGAUGCACGCCGGACUCGCCUCUGAAGGAGGCAGCAAGCUCAAGAUGCUUAUUAGCUAUGUAGACAAUCUCCCUACUGGUGAUGAAGCAGGAGUCUUUUAUGCAUUGGAUCUUGGUGGAACGAAUUUUCGAGUAUUGCGGGUACAGUUGGGGGGAAAAGAUGGUGGGAUUAUGCAUCAAGAAUUUGCGGAGGCAUCAAUUCCUCCAAAUUUGAUGGUUGGAACUUCAGAAGCCCUUUUUGACUAUAUUGCGGCAGAACUUGCAAAAUUCGUAGAUGAAGAAGGAGAAAAAUUUCAUCCACCUCCUGGUAAGCAGAGAGAAUUAGGCUUCACCUUCUCGUUCCCAAUAAUGCAGACUUCAAUCAAUUCUGGAACUCUUAUCAGGUGGACGAAAGGUUUCUCCAUUGAUGACACGGUUGGCAAAGAUGUUGUUGCAGAACUGACAAAAGCAAUGCAAAAACGAGAAAUUGAUAUGAGGGUGUCAGCGCUUGUGAAUGAUACUGUUGGAACAUUGGCUGGUGGUAGAUUCACGGAUAAGGAUGUAUCCAUUGCUGUGAUAUUAGGUACUGGGACAAAUGCAGCAUAUGUGGAACGGGCUCAGGCAAUUCCCAAAUGGCACGGUCCUCUGCCUAACUCUGGAGAAAUGGUGAUCAAUAUGGAAUGGGGUAACUUUAGGUCCUCCCAUCUUCCCUUGACACAGUAUGAUAAUGCUAUGGAUACCGAUAGUUUAAAUCCCGGUGAACAGAUAUUUGAGAAGAUAUGUUCUGGUAUGUACUUGGGAGAAAUUUUACGCAGAGUUCUACUUAGAAUGGCUAAAGAAGCUGGCAUUUUUGGCGAGGAAGUUCCUCCAAAACUCAAGAAUUCAUUCAUAUUGAGGACACCUGAAAUGUCUGCUAUGCAUCAUGACACAUCCUCUGAUUUGAGAGUGGUUGGCGACAAGUUGAAGGAUAUCUUAGAGAUAUCCAAUACCUCCUUGAAGACAAGGAGAUUAGUUGUUGAGCUGUGUAAUAUUGUUGCAACACGUGGCGCCAGACUUGCGGCAGCUGGUAUCUUGGGCAUUAUCAAAAAGAUGGGAAAGGAUACACCGAGGGAAAGUGGUCCAGAAAAGAUUGUGGUAGCCAUGGAUGGCGGAUUGUAUGAGCACUAUACAGAAUACAGCAAGUGCUUGGAAAACACAUUGGUUGAAUUGCUUGGAAAGGAAAUGGCAACAAGCAUUGUCUUCAAGCACGCGAAUGAUGGUUCUGGCAUUGGCGCUGCACUCCUCGCGGCCUCCAACUCUGUGUAUGUUGAAGACAAGUGAGAGUGAUCAAAAUGAUAUUUAGCUAGAGGAAACUCCAUUUACCUUUUAUAUUAUGUUUUUUCUCUAGCCUUUUCUUUUUUGUUCUUCUAACAAUUAUUUCCAGAUUUAUUAUUCCUGGGAAUGCCAACAUAUUUCUUCUGGAAAAGGGUGCAAAGAAAUUAUAUGGAACUCAGCAAA